UAAAUUUUAGAACAAAUUAUGAAAAUGGAAACAGCAGUUGUCCUAGUGGAAUGUAUGAUUGGGGUUUAUAUUUCUUAUGAAUUAUUGUGACUGGUUUGUAGAGAAAUUAAGUUUUGUUGUAGCUGUGUUUGAUGCUGAAGGAAUGGUAAGACUAAAGGUGGAGAGGAAGUUGGAGAGGAAUUAGAGGUUAAAGAGGAGAAAGUUAAGGAAGAAGAUGAAGAAGGAGAACACAGAAAAAGAAGAAACAGAAAGAGAAGAGGAAGGGGAAAAUAAAAUACAGCAGGAGAAAGAGCAACUAAAUAAGAUACUGGAAACCAAAAGACAGAAAGAAGUGAAUUCUAAGACAUGCAAAGGAAUUAGGAGUCCUGACUUUGAUUCAUUCCUUACUAGUGCCUUGCAGUGUUUGAUUUCUAUCCCUGAGUUCUUCAGAUCCCAAGAGAAUGAAGAAAUGAAGGAUACUUGGGAUUUCAAGUUCAAUCUACAAAUGAGUGUUUCGAAUGAAAUCAAGGAUUUUAAGAGAAGAUACUUCGAUGACAAUUACAAGGAAAUUGAUAUUAUGAAUAUCAGGCGCUGCUUUACCAAAGUGUUUCCAAGAUUUCGCCAUCACGACUCUUUUGAUUUAUUGAUGGUUUUGUUCGAAGAUAUACAAAAGGAGAUAAACCCAACAAUGGCUCCAUUUAUUCCAAAUGACUCUCUGAACUAUAAAGAUAUAUGACAGGAAUAUGAGAAAAGCCAUCCAUCAAUAGUUGACCAACUCUUCGUGGGGUUGUCCAAGCUAAUAUAUGCUUGACAAGAUUGAGGGAAUGAUAACAUAAUUUAUGAUGAAUUUAAAUAUAUACAAUUGGAUUGUACCCACCAGUCCUCAACAUCAGUAUUCGAGGAGUUUUUAGCUAAUAUCAAUAGAGGUCAAUAUUGUCAUUAUCGAUGUAAAAAGUGUCAGUGUGACAGCCUCUGAAUGUUAGCAAGGAAGAUCAUAAAAUAUCCCAAAUAUCUUCUCAUAGUAAUCCAGAAAGAAGAGUGAAAGAGCCAGACUCAAUCAGACAAACCAAUAGAUUACAAAGACAGUUUUUCUCUAUCCACUCUUGACUCUCAGACCGUAACCUACACUCUCGAAAGCAUCAUCUGAAAAUCCCAAGCUCUUAUCUACAACCACUACAGUGCUAUUUGCAAGCGUGAGUCUGAAUGGGUGCUCUUUGACAACACUUCCUGUUAUACAGUGUCUGAAACCUUGGAUCUUUAUCAGCGACCAGAUUCCUACAUCUUAUUUUACAAAGCCGAAGAUCAUCCAGAACUCUAACUUCAAUGAGAACCUUUGUCCACG